AUGGCCACACCACAAUCGUCUGUGGAGACGGAGAGUCCGGCUCCGACUGGGACCACUGAAUCUACAGACAUCAAAUCCUACCUCUCCUAUGACUCUGAGGAACCACCACCAACCAGGGAACUCAGAGAGUUAAUCGCUUACCGUAAGGAAAAAAGACUGGACCUAGUGAUAGGGUGCGAUGCGAACUCGCACCACAUAAUAUGGGGGAGUUCUAACAUCAACAACAGAAGGAGAGACCUCUUAGAGUACAUCUCGUCCACCGACUUGGAAAUACUAAAUAAGGGAUUCAAGCCUACGUUCGCCACCUCCAGCAGGAAAGAGGUGAUUGAUCUCACACUGGGAACACGAGUGGUUGCACAGUGGAUAAGGGAGUGGCGAGUGGACGAUGAUAACACACUAUCGGACCACCGUCGUAUAUCCUUUAAAUUAGCGAUAGAGCCAACCCCAAUUAGGGUAGCAGUGUACGGGAACCCCAGGGCCACAGACUGGAGCUCUUUUAAAGAAGAACUAAAGCUAACCGCCCUCCAUUCCAAAUCUCGCAAGCUGCUAAAUAAGGCCCUGAAAACUAUGGGCGAGUCUGACUGGGCGGCUUAUUGGGCCUUGCAGAAGACCUAUAAGAAGCGCAUCAGGGAGUCCAAGACCAGGGCCUGGAGAAGCUUCUGCGGGGAAAUGGACAGCCUACCCUUGGCUGCCAGGCUCCGAAGGGUCUUCUUCCAAGGACUCCGCACCGAGCUGGAAGGAUUGCCACUCCCAGGCGACCAGGAGACGAGGGACUGGGGCACGGUGAGGCAAAACGUCACAUUUAACAGGAUUAAGUGGGCCCUGGAAUCGUUCGACAGAUUCAAAAGUCCAGGGACUGAUGGCAUCUUCCCUGCCUUCUUGCAGGAGAACGGGGAGGAUCUAGUCGGGCACCUGCUAAGGAUCUACAGAUCCUAUAUUGCACUGAAAUACGCGCCUAAAGCCUGGAGGGAAGUCAGAGUGGUAUUCAUACCGAAAUCGGGGAAGACCAGCUAUGACACCGCCAAGGUAUUUAGACCUACCAGCCUGACAUUCUUAAUGCUGAAGACGCUGGAGCGACUGGUUGACAGAAGAAGGAACCUCACACUGAGGCCUCCCACAAUAUACGGCGUAGAGCUCAAACUCUCCAGGGAGGUCCGAUAUCUCGGAGUUAUCCUGGACAGUAGACUCACAUGGAAAAGCCACAUCACCAGACAGGCACAAAAGGCAACGACUAUCUUCUGGGCCUGCAGGAGGAUGUUUGGACAAACCUAG